GAACAACCUACCGCUAAGCAAGCCCUUGCGUCUGCUGCUCUUCCCGACCGUGGCCAUGGCGGAAGAAGCGCGAAUCGGUCCCUCUGAUCCCCACCCGACAACUCUAACCGCUAAUGGAUCUCUCAAACCCCAGGUAACUGAUAUUUCUGGCUUCACGAUGCCUCGUGAACUAAUGUCACCUGGAAUGGCCCCUAUACUCAAUCCAGAGUACAACGAAAAUGGUGCAGGAAUUUAUGCUAUUCAGUGUCUUCCAUAUAUGAGUCCAUUGGCUGGCUUUUCUCCUAAGACUCUUAUUCCGUUGAAAUACAACAUACCUACGAGGCAAAGUGCAGGUGGAACUACAAAUGAACAUGGGCAGGAAGCAGCGCACCAACAUGGAGUUCAAAGACAACCUGUAGUAAGGAGAGUUCGAGUUGCAUUUCAGCUUGACUUGGGUCUGAUCAUCAAGUUGGCAGCGAUGGUUUUUCUUUUUAGCCAGGAUGGAUCACCGCAGAACAUUGUUCUUCUUAUUUUCUUUGCGUCGUUUGUAUACCUGUAUCAAACUGGAGCCUUGGCUCCAUUUAUAAGAUGGUUUCAGCAAGCAGGAGCCCCUCCUCGACAUCAUGCUCCUCUAGUGCAGCAGAAUGGCCAACCUGCGGUUCGUGACCUUCACAAUAAUCCUCAACCUGUUGCAGGUGCAAAUAAUCAAGAUCAACCUACCCAAAACCCGGAACAAGUCGAUGACAACCAGAAUCCUCCCCAGCCUGAGCCACCUGGGAACAAGUAUUGGCGACUGGUGAAAGAGAUCCAGGUGUUUGUUGUUGGAUUCUUAACUUCACUUCUUCCAGGUCACCAUAACAAUGAUUAAACUCCAUCCAUCAUCACCACUCAAAUCAACCACAGGCGAUGAGAUUUAAGACUUGAACAAACAUCAGCAAAAGGGCGUCAAAGGUUUUUAUUUGUUUCAUCUCUGGUCUGUCUUUCAUAAAUUGAAAUAAAUUGUCAUGUAAUAUAUCUCGAGGGGGAAAAAAGAUUAUUUGUUGUGCAUUUCA